GGCUUGCACGUUUGAACGUAAUGACGCCAUGAGAACAUGUUCCAAGGAGAAGCCCGAUACGUCAGACUUGACUUCCAUAUUCCCAUAGCCAGACGAUCGUUGUCGCAGCGAUGUUAUGUCCGUAACCACAAAAUGAGCAAGACACUGACAGACAAUGGUUUCCCUCCCCUCUCCUCUUUCCGCCUCAUCGUCCCUCCUCUGCAGCUUGUGUCUGCAGCUCUGUUGGAGAUAGUGAAGCAGGGAGCUGUGAUGUAUUUCGGUCUGCUGGCAGAGUUUAUCACCUCAGUGUUGGAAACAGCCCCUGAGCUGCUCACUGACACAGAGAGAGUCCAACUAGUGAUUGGCCUUCGAGCAAAGGCGGUGCUACAGUUGUGCUACAAUGAUACAUUUGCCAACCAGCAGGCCUUUCAGCUUCAUUUGAGUUACAUUACAAACCAGGAUAAAGAGACUUUCAAUCCUGAGGUAAAAGCUUCAGUUACAAACUUCAUCAGGCUUGUUCACACUCUGGUAGAAGAUCAAUGCCAGAAGGAUGACUUCUACCAGAAUAUCUUCCCAACACUGUUUGGUCCUAAAUAUGACUCAGCUCUACAGGCUCUAAUGAAGAAAUUCCUCUUCAACCUCCAGGAGCUGCUGCCUGUUCCUAAUUUUGAACAAACUUCCCUUUGGCUUAGUCUCUCCCCUUCCAUCUUGAAAGAGUGUGUGGACUUCAUGAACCAGCCGAAGCCACUUAGAACACUUAUUCAGCAUCACAAACACCAUGGGCACAAAGUUCCACCAGCAGCUUCUUCCUCUGGGGAUGAUUGCAUCCUUUCCAGCCUGUCAUAUCAACUACCAAACGUGGACAUCGACAAAGGCGAUGCAGUCGUCAAAACUGAACCCACAUUUGACCCACAAGAUUGGCAGGCAGAUAACCAAUUGAGCAGCGAGUCAAAACAAGAUGAGGUGUUCUAUUCCGAAUUUGUGAAGAAUGAGGAAGAACAUGAUGAGCGGUGUGCCAACGAUUUAACUGAAGACCAGGGAGCAUCUGUUGAAGUAAUCCUACCAUCCUUUGAUGAAAACGAGUCAAGUGAUGAUGACCAAAUGGACAAAAAAUGUCUUCAAUAUUUGAAAUCCGGACGAUUAACGUCUGCAAAAAAAUUCAAGUGUCAUGUUUGUGGCAAAGAUUUUAGUUCUCGCAGCAAACUAAAGAAGCACGAGAUUACCCAUCGUGCUCGGGUUACAACGAGAAUGAGUCAGUCAGAUUCUGCAAGUCAAAGGACCCUUUUUAACAACGUGAAUUUACAUCUUAAACUGAGAACGUGUGAGAAUGACGCUUCUAGAUUUGAGACUGAGCUACCAUCGUUUGCAAGAGAAAUAACACAUAACCCAUCAAAUCAGAACUACCUUUCAAACUCUGAGCUGUCUAAUGAGGACGGCAGUCUUGCUUGUCAUGUUUGUACCAAGGAGUUUGCUAGUCAAGAAAACUUUGACAAACACAAGAGGAUGUGUGCGGGCAGAAGCAAAGGACAAGAAGAGAUGGACCCACAUUGUUCCUCAAGCUCGACUUUUCACACUGAACCACAUCCUGUUGAUAAAACCAACAAGUCUGUUCCUUUUGAAUCAUCAAAUGAGGAAUCCAAGGAUUUAACAUCCUCUGACUCACUACAAGACCAACCAUGUAAAAGGAGCAGUCGCGUCAAACAAUGCUCCAUAUGCAGAGAAAUAUUUACUAGUUCUACUGACCUGAUGAAGCACAUGAGAAGCCACACUGAACAGAGUCCUUACCUUGGUUCUAACAGUGGUGAAUACUUUGACAACUAUGAAGACUGCAAGAAACCCCAGGAAAAUAAAUGCAAAGCUUCCAACCAGUCUUCCAAAGACAGUUCCAUGAGCCAUGAAAAUAAAGUGAAACAGGAGAUCGAUGAGGUUUCCAGUGAGAUAAGUCAGAUCCCCAAAAAACGAAGAAAUGCUUGUAAACCAAUCCUGACGUGUCCACAAUGUGGCCAGCGUUUUACUUACUGCAAGAGAUUUGAGGAGCAUCUGAAAAAGUGUUCAGAGGCAGCCUCUCAAACAAAAGAGCCAACCAACACAAACUAUUUCAUCAUCAAUGGCUGUGAUUUCUUUUCAGUUGACAACACUACUGAGAGCAAUGCUGAGAAAAGUUCUGAAACAAUGGAAAGCCAAACUGCAACUUCAUCCACAGCAGAUGAUGCAGACGGCUCCCAGUGUAAAGAUGGAACCUUUAAGUGCACCAUGUGUGAGAAAGACUUUUCAAACAUUGUGCUCAUGCAAAGACAUUACUCUGAGUCCCAUGGUGUCAGAGGCCCAUACCCCUGUACUUUGUGCAAGACCACUUUUACCAGGUUGUGCGAAUUGGUUCGACAUCAGCAAAACAAACAGUUGUUCCAAUGCCCCAUCUGCAAGAAAGGAUUCAGAACUCCAGAAGAAAUAAAAAGACAUACAAAUGUACAUAAGCCAAGAGUAACAACAACGUCUUUCAACUGUGAAACAUGUGGGAGAAGCUUCAAAUUUCGCGUUAAUCUGAUUAUGCACCAGAGAAAGCAUAGAGAAAGGCCACCCAAUGUUUGUUCAUACUGUGGGAAAAAGUUCAGCUCAAGGGACACCCUGAAAGCGCACUUGGUGAGGCAUACAGAUGGUUACCCAUGCCCAGAGUGCGGGAAGGUAUUCUAUCAAAAAACACUGCUAACAUAUCAUCUGUAUAAACACAAAGGGCAAGAGCCGUACCUCUGCGACACGUGUGGGAAAGGAUGGCCGAACGCGGCUCUGCUCAAGGUUCACAUGGUUAAACACAGAGAGGAUCGGCCAUUUAAGUGUGACGAAUGUGGUGUGACUUACAAGUGGGAAUCAAGUUUGAUCUCUCACCACAGAUCCAAACAUAUAGGCUUGCGGCCAUUUGUGUGCGAGGUUUGCAGCAAGGCCUUCAGGAUAAACAGUGAACUGAAAAAACACAUGAUGGUCCACACAGGGGAACGACCCUACUCGUGUCCAAUGUGUGGCAAAAAGUUUACAAAAGGCUAUAACUUAAAGAAGCACAGAGAAAAGCCAUGUCUAUAGGAGAAACCUGUUUGUGAGCUGUGUUAAAACUGAUCAUGAUGCACGUGCCAUACUAUAUUCUUCAUCUAUUGUAUAUAGGUAUCACUGUGUGUUUGUUCAUUUAACCAAUGUUCAUGACUGACAGUUUUAGUACUUGACCUGCAGAUUUUUAAAUAAAGACACAAAAUCUGAAA